AUGUAUUGCCAAAAGGACACGGAUAAAUGCAAUCCUUGUGCCGGAAAGAGGCCCCGACCCGAAAAGCCUGAUGGCAGCUAUGACACCGCGGGCGCGAUUACCGCCAUCGCGGAAGGUGGCAUGUCCGCGUUUCGGAGCAAGUUCAUUGACAACGGGUUCAUCACCAUGUCCGGCUGGGGCUACGUGGGCGCGGGCGUCAUGGAUGGUGUCCUGGGCGUGAUGGAAGCCGGGGAACCCGACAGCGCAGCUUGGAACGUCUACAAGCUGGAAAGUUAUAUCUCCGAGGCCGUGGACUACAUGAUUUGUGAAUUCAAAGAAAUCUUGGGGGACUACUUUGCAGCUUACAUGGGCUCUACACAGCUUUGCAACUACAAUAUUGGCAUCGACUCGAUGGCUGCCGAAUGGAAAGAUAAUUGUCGCCGCCGGCAGUGUUUGAACUACACGGACCUCCCCUCGGAUGAGCGGGGCGACUGCUGCACCGUGCAGACUGGCGCAGCUGAUGUGGACUGUGAGGACGCCAGCCAUGAAGAUAUCAAGCAGGGCCAGGCCUUUUGCCGGCUCAAUGGGGAGUUUUCACCUGGCACUGGAGUUUGUAGCCCUUCCCGUAGAUGCUUACAGUGUAUGACCUUCGAGAUGGCCAUCGAGGACACCAAGGAGCAGAUUAACUUGUACAAGACCUACCCGACGAACUGGGGGGCUGCCCUCGAGGGCUACAGCAACGUGGAUGCCAUCAUUGCCCUUUGCAAGGGCACCAUGAUGAUGGUCACCUUUUACCAAGAGCUGGUUUUGUUGGGAGGGAUCGGGUCGAUGGGAAACUUCCAGUCGUUUUGCUCCAGCAGCUAUGACCAGCUGAAGACCAAGAUUGACCAUCUCAUGAACAGUGCCUCACAGGUGGUCGAAGACUCCUCGUGCACGUAUGGAGAUGAUGUUGAGUUCUGUGUGCCAUCGUCGAAGUGCAGCCCUACGGGUGGACUUUGCAUGAACGAGGGCUGGACCGCUUGUCCGGCGACGUUCAAGAAGCCUGUGUGCAUCUUCACCCGCAUGGGCUGCUCAAGGCCCUACUCCAUGUUGGGGUCUUCCUAUUGCCUAGAUGCCGGGAACGCUUUUUGCGCGGGCGAUGCGGACUGCAACGUGGACGCGUGCUAUUUUGCCUGUAUGGAGCAGGAUGGCAAUUGCAAUAAGUACGUUCACGGCGUGUUCCAACACGAGAAGAAGGCGGCGACUCAGAAGCUGAAGGAGAUCUACACUGAACAGCUCCAGGCGGUGGCCUUCAAUGUGUUCUGGCAAGAUGACCCAGAAACCAAGAUGCUUUACUCAACGUGA